ACUUGUGUAAGCUCGUCCAGGUUACUUUCUCAGAACAGCUUAAAUCCCAAACAAAAAAAAACUUAUUCAAAAUGAAACUGACUCUGGUGCUCCUGCUCGUCGGACUCGUGUGCGCCGUGUACGCCCAGGAUGCGGCCAAGGACGCCGCCAAGGACGCAACCGAUAAGGUCAAAACCGACGUGCCCGAUGUGAAGGACGCCGUGACCACGCCGGACCCCAAGGACGCGGCCAAGGGAGCGGAAGAUGCGGCCGGAAAGGCAAAGGAUGCCGCCGCCAAGGCCAAGGACGACAUCUCCGGUGCGGCCAAAAAGCUGGGCGAAGGAUUCAAGCUGUGAGUUUCCGGUUCCGGAAUGACGCGAAUCAAGAUUGAAGCUGAGUAGUGAUAGUGAUAAAACAAAAAUAAAGCAGUCUUCAACGAA